CACCAAGGAAUGCAUCUUUGGCUACACAUGUUGUUCACCCGGAGGGAAAUAUUGUUGCCUUGAAUACAAUUUUGAUGACGAGUCCUACAUCACUACAUCAGAUGUGGAGGAUAAUGAAGGACCAACAAUGGGGUUCAUCAUUGGAAUCACUCUUGCCAUUGCCGCAGUGCUUUUUAUAUGCAGUGUUUUUGGAAGGCAGUUAUGUAAAAGAGGACAGGCGUCUCAAAAUAGUAGCGACGCAUCUGGUAGUGACCCUGGACUGGUGAACAACACUGACAGAGACCAUGGAAGUUUUGUGAUGCACUCAUCCCCAACGGUUUCUUCGUCGUCUUUACUCUCUGAGGAUGAGGAUUCGGUGACGAGUAGUGGGAAAUCCUUGUUACAUACACAUGAUGACUGCAAGACAUUUCUGACUCUUUUGCAUGCCAGAAGACACUACCCUAGCGAACCUCCUCCCCCGUAUCAGUAUGUGAUGAGAAAUAAAGAUAAAUAUCCUUUGCGAGAGGACAUUAUUCUUUGAAUAUUCAUAAAGUUCCAAGUAUUUUACAGACUUCUCCAUACCAAAAAAAGAGGCUUUUAUGUGAUACUCGUGAUCAAUGUGUUGUCAAAUGUUUCUUAGUUGACAAUUAUUCCUUCCAUGUCUUGACGUUUGAUAUCCUUUGUCUUUCACUUGUUCGUUAACUUCGCCUUUUAUAUUGUACAUUGUAAUGACAGUAAUUCAUGAAAUGAAUCUUAAAAUAAAAACGUCAAGCGUUACUGAC